GUGCCUUUCAAUCUUCUGGUCAGCUCCAUACUGUCAAUUGAAGUUUUUCUACUACAUGUAUGGCCAAACCAUAGGCAGUUUGUCAGUUUACACUCGAAACUCUUUCAAUGGUCCACUUGUUAAAAGGUUCAGUAGAUCUGGUGAGAUAGGCAAUUAUUGGGUGAGCUCUGUGGUACCUAUCUAUGACACAAAGCCUUUCCAAAUCAUAAUAGAAGCAACCUUGCACAAUUCUUCUUUGGGAGACAUAGGAAUAGAUGACACCAUCUUCACUUCAGCAUGCAAACUUCUGACAACAGACUUCCCCAUAGGCACACCAGGUUCUUCAGUCACAACACCUUCACCUUGUGGUGACCCCAGUGUUUACUAUCAAUGUUCAGACACUUCAGCUUGUAUACCCAGAUCUCAGGUAUGUGACUUUAUGGUCCAGUGUACUUAUGCUUCUGAUGAAGUUGACUGUGGGGCAUGUGAUUUCCAGCAGGGUAUGUGCGGUUGGCAGGACAUCAGUGUUGAUAAGUAUGUGUGGGAAACGACAUAAUGGCUCCACAGCUUCUGCCAUUUCAGGACCAAACGCAGA